ACUUGUUCACUCAGGUGUGGUUGUCCCCAGUCAGGUAAAGACACGGAUAAGCGUAACAGUCGUAUACAGACACCAUGAAGGGAGCAAUUGCCAUCGUCGUCUUUCUCGCAGUUUCAGUGCCCCGCUGUGAUGGGCAGCAGCAAUGUGACUAUAACAGCAUCACUGCAUGCACCAACAGACUGACUCAGACGGUCUUCCCGAACCUAUCUAACAACACCCUGGUCUGCCGGUUCUACCGGGAAUACAUACAGUGCGUCUACGGUGUGGCUGGCUGUGAUGGGGCUUCAAUUGUUGCUGACUUGACGAAACAGAUCCUGGGAAGUAACGUGGACUUUAACGCUCGGUGUGGGGCUGGAUUAACCACUAGGAUGCCACCUAUGCCCACAACCUGGGCCCCUCCGGCUUCAGGGCUAACUACACGACGUUGGGGUGGUAUGACAACACCUCUUGCGUGGACCACACGACCCAGCUGGGGAUGCAACGUGUACGAAAUCAACAUGUGCAGCAGCAAUCUUCAGAUGGAACACGGGCGUGGAAUGGGUUGUGACGCUGCUGCUAACUUCGUGAAGUGUCUGAACAAACUGACGGCGUGCACAGGGAACACCGAGUUUACCAAUGCCAGAAAUAACUUUAAAGCAAUGGGAUAUGAGCAACAAUGUCCACAUGUGUUCCAAGACCACGCAUCAUCAGCCAGCACCAGUACUCUGUCUGUGAUGGCGUCACUUACAUUCGCUUUGAUGGCCCUGUUUUGGAUCUAAGUAUUGACAUACUGGACGAUAAGUCCUCCAGCUCCAUCAAAUCUAGGAGCGGAUCCUGUUCAAAUCAUGUAUACAAUCCGAUCGUUAUUUCUGCCACUCGUAUACUUUAAUUGUUUCUUCUCUAAUUAACCUCCCCGCCGUGAU